AUGCAUCGUUCGUUUGUGUGGCGUGUGGCGGCUCAUGUGCCAGCCACAUGGCGUCCACGAAAAGUCGCACGUCUCGAGCAUGCAGCAGAGAUGAGUGAAGCUCUUGGGUCAGCGAGUCCUGCUGACACGUCGCUUCGGUAUGCCUUUCUGCGACACUCGGAUGACACGAGUGCAUCUUCAGCGACACAGCGCAUGUCGCCGGCUGCUCGGCUGGGCAGUAGCAAGGUCGACGGGAAUGCGAUUGUGUCGCUGCCUGAAGGGCUGCGCACGAAGCUCGAGGCUCUCGUGCUUGCAAGCAACAAGGACCAGCUGCGCCGUGACGCAAUGCAUGUAUCGGCGCUGGAUCGUGCGCAUCAUGACAAGACGGGACUCCUGCCUAGGCAUUCACAGCACUUUGUCCAUGCACUUCCGCGACAGCGCGCUGUGCCUCUGUACGUAGCCACGCACUUCGCGGCACGCUAUGCCAUCCUUGUGCGCGUGUUCGAUGAGGCUCGGCGGCGACUCUUCUCGGACCGACCAGAUGGUUGGCGCCCAUCACGGCUCGUGGACUUUUCUUCGCACACAUCCGAGGCACUCUGGGCGUGUGCACAUGUGUUUGGUCCGGAGGCAUUGCAUGAGUAUGUGGCAGAAGCGCGAUCUGGCACGAUGCUCAAGGCGCAUGUCGAUUUGCAAGAUGACGACUGUUGGAAACACAUGCGAACGACGUUCCGCGUUCGGGGCGAUAAGCCGCAUGUAUACAGGGAUGUGCCGCUUGCGUCCGUACAAGAUUCGUCCUUGACGCACCCGCCAACAACGCAGCCCAUGUCUGGCACCACGAUCGGUGUCCAUGCGUUUGGGCUCAGCUCUUUAUCAUCAGAUGUCGCGAGAGAACGGGACGUAUUGCGUACGUGGAAAAGCGAUGCCGAUGUGCUUGUUUUCAUUGAAGAUGCGACGCCACGGGGAUUUGCCUGCAUUGCCGCAGCGCGCUCGCAGCUCCUUGAGCUGGGGCGUCGCUCGCCAGACAGGACAUGCCAUGUCGUUGCACCCUGUCCACAUGACCAAGCGUGCCCGUUGCUUCACGCGUCGUCGUCGGACAUGCCUCGAAGGACGAAGGGCAUCGAAGUUUGUUCGUACGCGCAAAUGUAUCAGGUGCCGCCAUUCAUGCGUGCGACAUUGCGGCUCCUUCGUGGCGAUGCUGUGUCGCAGUACUGCUACCUCAUAGUGCAGCGAGGUCCGCGUCCAUCGUUAGCGUCAGCUACGCAUACAUGGGCGCACGCCAUGCCGAAACACCUUGCGCGCUCUACGCAAGAUGGUGUAGAAGCGCUCCUUCAGUCCGCACGGACCGGCGUGCUGGAUCAGAUCCGUGGAGGAAGCCAACAGCGAGUUGUGGUGUCUGUGGACAGGGACGAGCACGAGAUCGAUGGGGACCAUCAGCAUCAUACACAGCAGAGCGGAACGGAUAUCGAUGCAUGUACGUCCGCGUUAACGUCCAUGGGUGUGGAUGAACGUCGUGUGAUGCAGACAGAUGCAUAUGCAUGGCCACGGCUCAUCCGACCGCCGCUGAAAAAGGGCGGUCAUGUCACGAUGGACGCAUGCUGUGCAACUGGGGAUAUACGGCGCUUCACCAUGCCGAAAUCCGCUGGGCGCCAGGCGUACCAGGAUGCACGAAAAGCACUCCACGGCGAACUGUAUGCGCACAUGCAGGAUGGGAGCCGUGCGACUGUUAGUAUUCGAGCGCCGUUUAGCCGGCGGGCGACGGCAGCAGCAAAGACUCGGCGCAGAUCCGAGAGGGCGCGCAUCCCGCGCACAACUCAGAUGCCAUGGCGGUGCCCAGGGAAGCCGAGACAACGAACGACGCACCACAGCCGCCAGUCGCUGAUGCCGCCGACGUCAAGAGUCCUGCCGAGCAAGCGUUUUCGGAGCACAUGUAUUUGGGUCCGGAUGCACAAUACGAGUCACGCACAACAGGUCGCGUAUCGAAGCGCGUCUCGAGUCGUGCGCCGAAACGACGCCGAGCUAUCAUGGCGUCCCUUGACGACGAGGCACGGUCAACACGCAAGCAGAGUCGGACAGAUCUGGAGGAGGCAUUGCGUCUGUGGAGUCACGAGUCCAACACAUGAAGCUCUAUAUACAAGAUACCAUGACCAGGAGGCACGGCUGCGGGCUCCUAUUCUAUAG